CACAUUCAUCCACGUGUCAAAGACUCAUUUAUCCAAAUAUCUCUUAAAUACGACAUACACAUGCAGCUACCACCUAGAGAGAGAUAUAAUAGAGACUCAUCACACUUUGUAUUAUUUGUGUGUUUUUUUUUAAAAUCAAUUGUCCAUCUUCCUCAUCACCUUCCCAAGAAGAAGAACAUUAAGAAGAAGAGAGGUUGACAAUGAUGGGCACUGUCGAGCUGAAUCUGAGAGAGACUGAGCUGUGUCUUGGUCUUCCCGGCGGAGAAACGGGGGCUCCGGUGACUGGAACCAAGAGAGGGUUCUCGGAGACAGUUGAUUUGAAGCUGAAUCUGAACAAUGAACCUGAAAGCAAUGAAGGAUCUAAGACUCAUGACGUCGUGACUUCUGUUUCCAAGGAAAAGAGUUCAUCUCCCAAAGAUCCCGCCAAGCCUCCUGCCAAGGCACAAGUUGUGGGAUGGCCACCUGUGAGGUCAUACCGGAAGAACGUGAUGGGUUCGUGCCAAAAACCAAGCGGUGGCACGGAGACGGCUUCGUUUGUGAAGGUGUCGAUGGACGGAGCACCGUACUUGAGGAAAGUCGACUUGAAGAUGUAUAAGAGCUACGAUGAACUCUCUAAUGCUUUGUCCAACAUGUUCAGCUCUUUUACCAUGGGAAAAUAUGGAGGAGAAGAAGGAAUGAUAGACUUCAUGAAUGAGAGGAACAUGGCUUUAGUGAAUACUUGGGACUAUGUUCCCUCUUAUGAAGACAAAGACGGUGACUGGAUGCUCGUCGGCGACGUCCCUUGGCCAAUGUUCGUUGAUACAUGCAAGCGUUUACGUCUCAUGAAAGGAUCUGACGCCAUUGGUCUCGCUCCGAGAGCAAUGGAGAAGUGCAAGAGCAGAACUUGAAGUUAAGAGACUAUAUGGUAAUGACCAUAUAUUUUGUUAACACAAUGAUCAGUGUUAAUUGUGUGUGUGUUUUUACGAUGAAAAACAUUGUUCGAUAUCUACUUUUUUAAUUGUCUGUUUUGAUCUGAAUUAUAUGUGGUAUAUAGAUACAAUUUAAAUGCUAUUAUGUGUAAUGGAUUUAUUAAGUUAAAUAUGUGAGACGUUUGCAUGAAAAUAUGUAAUAAUUUGAACAUA